AUGACUGACAGUAUCCGUCCCCUCCCUAACGGGAUUCAGUUGGCCAACGACCCAGUGAACCUUGGCGGUCUUAAGCCUGAAUACCACGAUGUUGUUGUCGUCGGUGGUGGUCUCUCUGGUGUCGGUCUUGCUAUCAAGCUCAAGACGCUGUACAACAUUACCGACGUCAGGAUCCUUGAGAAGCUCGACGGCCCCGCUGGUACUUGGGAGGCGAACACCUACCCUGGCUGUGCUUGUGACAUUCCUGCCCCGGUGUAUUCGUUCAGCUUUAUGCAGAAGAACGACUGGAGUGGCAUGUUUCCCCGCCAGGCGGAGAUCCGCGAAUAUGUGCACUCUGUCGUUGCCAAAUACGGCGUUGGCAGCAUGUUCCACUACCGCACUGUGGCCAGGGAGGCUCGCUUUGACUCCACUACCGGUCUUUGGCAUGUAAUUUGCGAAGAUGUUCCCGAAAAGGGUCAGCAGACUGGCAAGUUGCACUACUACGUUGCCAAGAUGCUUUUUGGUUGCCUUGGUGGUCUUUCGCAGCCUAACCCCUGCACCAUUCCCGGAAAUGAGAACUUCAAGGGCCCGAUUUUCCACUCUGCCCGCUGGGACCACUCUGUGGACCUGAAGAACAAGAACGUGAUUGUGGUGGGUAACGGUUGCUCCGCCACCCAGUUUGUUCCUGUUAUUGCGCCCGAGGUCAAGCACCUUACACAGUUUGUGCGUUCCAAACAUUGGUACGCUCCUGUUCCCCGCAAUCCGCUUGACGUUGUCCCCGGCUGGAAUUGGCUUGUGAAGCACUUCAACUUCUUUAUGUAUCUCCAGCGUAUUCUCAUCUGGCUUGUCCUGGAGACGCACUUUUUGAUGGCGACCAACACCUCUAUUGGUCAGUUCCAGCGUGACAACUGGGAGCGCCAGUGCCGCAACCACGUUAAGAAGAUUGCCCCUAAGGAGUACCAGGAACAGCUUCUGCCUGAAAAGGGUGAGCUUCUUGUCGCUUGCCGUCGCCGUAUCUUGGACGACAAGUACAUGCCCAGUCUGGGCCGCCCCAAUGUUGACCUUGUCACUGACAAGCUUGUCAAGAUUGAGUCGAACGCGGUUGUUACUGCUGACGGUCGUCGCAUUCCCGCUGACGUUAUUAUCAUGGCGAACGGCUUUUACCCUCAAGGUGCCGGUUUCCCCUUGGUUGUUCGCGGUGAGAGCAUGACUCUUGCCCAGCACUGGGAGAAGUACGGUGAGGGCAGCAUGAUUGCCUACCGCAACUGUUUCCUUUCUGGUUUCCCCAACUUUGCUAUGGUCAUUGGCCCCAACUCGGGCACUGGCCACAUGUCUGUAAUUUACACUUCUGAGCGUCAACAGGAGCUCACGCUGAACGUUGCGCAGCCUGUCUUGGACUCUCCCCGUCCCACGGAUGCAGACAUUCGUCACCUUCCUGGCAGCUCCGUCUCUUCGAAGCUCAGCUCUGUGCCCACCUUUGACGUGCAUCUCAAGGCCGAGCUCGAUGAGCAGCACUGGGUUGUCAAGGCGAUGAAGAGCCUCGUCUUUGGUACUUGUGACUCUUGGUACCGCGAUGCCAAGUCUGGCCGUGUUACCGCUGUCUACCCCGACUGGCAGUGGAAGCUUGCCCUCCGCUGCUGGUUCCCCGUGUUUGAGGACUUUGAGUACAAGCAUAUGCCCAACAACGAGAAAAUGCCCAGCAUUCCCUUCUGGCAGUCGGUUGGUCGCUGGUUCGGCUUGGGCACUAUUCCCUACGUGUCUCCCUCUGAAACCCCUGAGAUUAACCGCGCUGCUAUGGGUGCGUAA